AUGUUCCGACUUGUCCUUCUCGUCUCCUUCCUUUCCUCGGCCGCUGCCCAGAGUUGCAGCAUUGACGAUGCUAUUGCUCGUUAGUUCUUGAUGUCCUUAUUCUGCUUGUUCUUCACUUUUCAAGCUGAAUAACGAUUUUCAGCUUGUAUCGCUGGCCUUCCCUGUCCGGGCGGUAGCGUUUGCGAUCUCGCUGGGGAAAACUGCUGCCCAGAGGACGCGCUUCUCAGUAAGUCUACUUAUUCGAGACCUUGUUUGAGCUUCCAAGCCUUUGACACAGAUCCUUUUGAACAUUGGAUCUCCAUCCUCAUAUAGCUGAUUUACGGCUAUCUUGAGCCAUCGAAAAAUGGGUCCUGGCACGAUAGUAAAAUAGAUAGUGCCUGGUUGGACAGCGUCCUAAGUUAGCCGUGAAUCGGCUAUAGUAUCAUUCUUCGCUUUUGUACCGCUUAAGCGGCGCCCCAAGUCGAUAAGUCGAGCUCCUAUCCUGAUAUCAGUAAUGAUCAGCGGACCGGCUCUAGUGACAUAUCCGUCCUUGUGUCGAAGUCGUGGCUUCCCACUGACGUCAUUUCUUAAACCCCUUGUCGAGGUCGAACUUGUGACCCUAUGGACCAUAGACAGGAACACAACAUGUUGCGCUACGGUGCCCCCAUCCUGAUAACAUCCUUGAAUAAUAUGAACCAUUUUUUACUAAAAAUCCGACCUUCCAGCCACCGCCGCCGGCUCACUCACAACUCAAGCCACAAUCACCAAUGCCGAUGGAUCGACGGUUACGGUCAACGGCGUGACCGCAGUCACCUCACGCACGGUCACCACCUCCAGUAAGAGCAUAUCCAAUUACAUUCGUUAAUCCCUCAUCUCAGCCUGCGUCGACCGGGUCAACCCGUCAACUGGAAGGUCGGACUGCGCUGCGAUGGCCUACCUCUGCAACGACUCCACCUACUUCAGUCUGAUGACCGUCCAGUGCCCCAGAACUUGCGGCCGUUGCAGCACCACUUCCACUUCUACUGGUAUCGAUUUGGAACUCAAGUUUCAAUGAAAUAUCAUCUUCAGGCACCUGCGUCGACCGUGUCAACCCAUCUACGGGCGUGUCAGACUGCCCAGCUCGCGCCGCUCUCUGCAACGACGCCACCUACUCGACCCUCAUGACGGUCCAAUGCCCCAGAACUUGCGGCCGAUGCAACUCGACGUCUUCCUCGACCACCCGUAGCAGCACGAGCUGCGUUGACAAGGUCAACCCGAGAACUGGAGUUUCGGACUGUGCUGCCCGUGCCGCCCUUUGCACCAACUCUGUCUACCGUACUCUCAUGACUGUGAGUGUUAUUCGGAAAUUCAGAUUCAUCAUAGUCACCCUAGAAGACCUUGUUCUUGCUUAGAAAGGAUUCUUACCGAUCUAGUUAUUCUUUCAAGUAUACUAAAAAUAACCAGGAGCUAAAAACAGCAGUGCUUCUGUGAUCCUUAACCACGUCGGCAAUCCUACUACCCUUAAAAUGUGCCUAACCUUCUGAUCCCCUUAUCAUUAAAUGCAGACCUUAAUCUACGUUACCUUCCUAAAUAUUCUUAGCUUACAAUUUCCCCAUCUUUCCAGGAGCAAUGCCCAAGAACCUGCGGAUUCUGCAGCACGACCGGCUCGACCGUCGCCGGCACUUUGAGCAGCACCAUCUCCAGCACCAGUUCGUCAUCUUUCCUCCCUUCUCAGUGAAAAUCCUUGAAUUCCAGCCUGCGUCGACCGCGUCAACGCCGCUACCGGCGUCUCGGAAUGCCCACAGAACCGCGCCCUCUGCACCCGAACCGGCUACGUCGAGUUCAUGCGCACCCAGUGCCCACUCACCUGCGGAGUCUGCUCCGGCUAA